CUUAACCCAGCGUCCCUCCCCGCCUCCGGCAGAGAACGCCACGACUGUUGCUUGGUGUGUUCGGCUCUGGGGACGGCUGCGCCCUCACUCUUUUUGUUGGAUUUAACAACUUACCGUUCAGUUUCAGCGUUAUUAAUUACCCACCGGAACUCAUUUAGUAACUCACCGGAAACAUGAAUGGCAAGUCAGCGAACGGUACAGCGGGGGGAAUGGCCUGUAUCGAGGGUCUGCCGCCGCUGCCGAAGAGCCUAAGCGGGCUGCUGAACUCGAGCGGCGGCUCGUGGAGAGAAAUGGAGAGGAUGUACGUGAAGAAAACCAUGAUCCAGGACGACCUGAGCCGAGGCAGGAAUAACACCGACAGCUUGCUGGCCAGCAAGCCGGCCAACCUGGACGCUGCCCUGGCUCUCCUGCGGAAAGAAAUGGUGGGUCUGCGUCAGCAGGACAUGUCGCUGCUGUGCCAGCUCUGGUCCCUGCAUGAGUCCAUCCAGGAGUACAAGGGCAGCUGCCACGACCUGAGCGCCGCCUCCAGCCUCAGCAUGAUGGAGAACGGCUACUUCGACGAGGACGACGAGUUCUACGUGGAGCCCGGCACCACGCCCACGGGCGACCACCCGGGCGCCGGGGACGUCGCCGAUGGUGACGCCUCCUCAUCGGCGACGGCGGCCAAAAACGGCAAGGACAGCUGGGAGUCCUUCAAAGUCGCCAUCUGAAGCUUCGAUCUGCGCCGGUUUUUCUGCAGACGGAUCCAUGCUUUCUAGGGGGCGGAGCUAAGCUGUGAGAAGGGAGUGGCUGGUUGCCGAUGGCAACGGACUGCCAAAGAGGAAUCCUGUCCGUCUGCAGAGCUGAGAUCACCUGGACUCCUUUACUCUGCUGCCAGUCACUCUUACUUUCUUUUUCUUUUUUGACAUAAUCAAAAUAUAUGAACAAAGUUUUAUUAUUUAUUACAUAAUAUAAAUAACAAAGUAUUCUUUUAUUAUUAUUAUUAUUAUUAUUAUUAUUAUUCUUUUUGCUCUCUUUGGAAGUUUUGUACAAAAGGUACAAGCAGAAAAGUUGGACUUCAAAACUGAAGGGUGGGAUUUUUUUUAUUUUUAUUUUUAUUUUAAAGGUAUUUCUGACUCUUCAGCAACAGGAAGAGGAAUUUUAAAUGGGUAAAAUGUUUUUCAGGUGAGAUCCUCCUUCCAGUAAACGGAGCAGAGCUGGUUUCCUGUGCAGGGAGGAUUCGUGCAACAUUUUAUGGUCGGUGUAGCGUCCGUUCUCUGCGGUUACAACCAGCGUUUACUGAGCAGAACUUCACUCAAAACUUUAAAAGAAAAUCUGUAGUCAUGUUUCUGUUUUGCACGUUCAAGCUUCAAUGUUUGCAUAUUCCUAAAAUGUGAUGUUCGGUGGGAAAUCAGAGCAGAAUUAGCAGAAAUUAACCUUUCUUUGUGGCCUUGCUACUCGAACAGCUGCUUUGUAUUUCACGUAUCCACAUCACGCUAAACGUCUUUUUCAUUGUGGAGCUGUAGGGAAAGCUUUAGGGCUGGGCGAUUUUCUCCAACAAUUCACUCAUCGGGUUCCCAUAACUCAGUGAUAUUAGGGCGGCCAUCUUUGUUUGACAAGUUUGUUUACAGAUUAUACUUAUUUCUACUUUGAAUUUAGUUCAACUGUAUGAUAAAAUAUUAGGAUGAUGCUUCAAUUUAUUUGUUUUUAAUUAACCAAGUCUUAUUAGAAUAGAGUUGGAAAUAGUACAAAAAUAAAGUCGUAAUUUUAUGAGAAAUUUGAACUGAAGAUUAGCAUUUUGUGAAUUAUUGGCAGUAGCUCUGAAGCUUUUUCCUCAUUAAAACAACUUUUUUAAUUUUAAGAUGUUUUUUGGAUAAAAUUGUCCUUUUUUCUUCUAAUAUAAUUACAUGCUCAUAAAUAAACAUUUCUAAACUCUUUGUUUAGAAACGCCUCAGAAACCGGAUAGUUGAAAAUUUCUGUAAGUGAGCAAAACAACAAAAUUGAUUGAAAUUGGAUCUGGGAUGAAAAAGAUUAGAUUUGACCUUUAAGCCAAAUCGCCCAGCUCUAAGACGGAGGGACUUUAUUUUAAAAAGGUUUAAUUUAUGGGGAGUUUCUGUAACUCUGCCUCAUUUCAGACGUAAAUGUUUCUCGACAAACACAUUCUGGAAUGAUUUGCUCUGUCUUCCUUCGUCUGUAGCGCGUAGCAUCGCAGUUCUUCCAGCUCAGGCGGCCAUUUUGUUUUCUUAUCUGUUGGUAACAGACCAAUGGCGGUCCUGCUCUCUGCAUUGUAUUUAAAGGUGCUGAAUGAAUGUUUUUAAAGUUACUCUGCAGUCAAACAAGCAGUUUUCUUUUCACAAAAACUAAAUUUAUGGCUAUGUAGUCAAAAAUAAUAUUUAUUAAAUCAUAUUUUUGUUGGUCAUUUCACCUCAAAGCCAUUUCAUAUCCUGUCAGUUUUUGUCAUUUCAUGCUGGAAAAUGGCCGUAGGUCUGUUCAUAUCAAGUCAUUUUUCAUUUAUUUACCUGCAAAGAAACGAGUUUUAUCAACUCCAAUCAAUAAUUUUAAAACAUUUUAGCAUUUUAAAUCUCUGUCUUCCUUAUUAUGUUAGAAAACAAACUUCAAAAUGUCUGCCACUUGUUAAAAUCUCUUUUUUUUUAUUUAGCUUCUGCAAAAAUCUAGAUGUUUUCAAUCGUUAUCAUGUAAUAAACUGAAUGUUUGGUUUGUUUAUUUGAUUGUUUUUGUACCAACAAUCUGAAUUUUCUUUAGUUUUUCCCCAUCAGAUGUUUUUUUUCUGCUGGAUGUCAUCACAGUUGGUGCCUUUGUAAAGCUGCAGCUUCCUGUUUAAGGUGAAUGGAAAAUGAACCGCCGGCCGCGGAUGUUUUGGAUUGGAUGAUGGAGUAUCGCCAUGACAUUUCUGUUUGAUUUCCAGGUUCAGAUUGAGGAUAAAUUUAGAAAAUAAAGUCAAAAUGUAAGUUUUGAGAAAAUUGGCUACAAGGUUUUAUAAUUAAGACUGUAAUUCUCUCUGAGCAACUGCUUUACUUUAUCUGUAUGAAAAUGUAUUUUUAAAGAUUUUCUUGCCUUUUUAUUUUUCAGAUUUUAAUUUUUUCUUCAUAUUUUUAAACUUAUCCUUUACAUUUGAAUUUUUCUCCUGACAUUGUGGUUUUUUUUCUUUUACAUUUAAACUUUUUUGUCAACAUUUUUCUCUUGACAUUUUGUCCUGUUUUCUUGACAUUUAAUGUUUUUUUUUUCUAUGGUUAAACAAUAUUUUUGUUUUCUCAAUGUUUUGGAUUUUUCUCUGCCAGCAGUAACUCAUCAUUUUGUCUGUUUAUUUUCCCCUUUGUUUAAACAUUUUUGCAUUUUUCCGUCACAUUCUGAAAACCUCUCUACACUUUGACUUUUCUACCAUCUCUUUUCUCAUCUUGUUUACUCAACAAAGAAACGUGACCAUAAUACUCCAUCGCAGUGAUUGAUUGGUCUGUAUUUUGGGUUUUAAAGCUGCUCCUUGUAGAAUUAAGAAAAAGUCCAACUAAUCAAAUAAAAAAUGAUAUUCUUUUAUUUGAGAUGAUCCUACUGUAAAAAUCUCAACUAUGACAGAAUAAAUAGAUUCAGAUUUGUGCAUAAUAUCAUUUUUGAUGCUCAUGCGUUUUCUGAACAUGUAAAACCUGAAACGGAGACGUUUAAAACAGAUUUUAAUCCUCUACAUGUGGCAGCUUUAACUUGUCGUCAUGCAGACAGGAAGCUGAGCUGUUCACGUCUCACUGCGGGUCAUUUGAGGGUAUUUAUUGCUCUUUGUACAAAUAAAUCACAACCUGAAUACCAGCUUACUCUAACAGCCGAAAUAUUCCCCUUUUUUACAAUAAUUAAUGGAUGUUGAUGUUGGAAAUGUUUUCUCAGGGUUUUCAGAUGCCUGGGUAAAAAUGUAACAACACCCACACAGAAUGGAUUUGUUUCUGAAUGUUACAUGCGUCAUAAUAAAGAAGCAAAAGCCUUAUUAUUAUUAUUAUUCUCUUGAUGAUUUGGACCAAAGCAGACUCCGUUGCCCAGAAUGCAAUGCGGCCGCUGACGUGUAGAAACUUAAGAGAAAGGUACUUUUUCAAAAAUCGCCUUCAGGGAGGAAUUUGACUGGUAACUCCUGAGAAAUCUGUUUUCAUGCAACAAAAAUGAGAAAAAACAUGUUGAACGUUUUCCACAGUGGUGUCCAAAUGUCUCCCCUGGUAAAUUUAAACUACAAAAUUCAUCAGAUUAAAAAUAUAAAAUUGUUGUUUUUAUUCAACAGUAAGCUACAUUUUUAUGAAAUCUGUUUAUCGUUAAAGAUCCAAAUCACAAAAGCGGCUUUGGAUUUUUAAAUUAUUACAACUAAAAUGUACAAUUCCCUCAUUUUGGGGUCAUUAAGUGUUUUCUACUUUAUUGAGUUAGUUUUGUUUUCACCACUCUUGACUUGUGGUUAAAAUCCUUUUCAGGGCCAUAAUUGGCCCCGGGGCCACACGUUGGACACCGCUGGGCUACUAUUAGCUUAGAUCUGUUGAGAUACAUCAAUGGUGCAAACUGGAAUGUGAAGGUUCUGUUUAUUCCUCUGGUUCUGUACCACAAGACUGUUACUUGGACUGUUGUAUCAGUUGUACUUACUGUACUCAUACAUUUAAUAAAGUCAUUCCAUGGUU